AUGAACUUAAUUUUCUAUUAUGUUGUAAUUGUUAGUGUAAAAUUGAUCGAUUUAACAUCAGCAAUUAAAUUAUCACAAAAUCCUUUUGUUAUUGGAUAAGUUGUAGGUGAAUUAUAAUUAUAUGUGUAUGUAAAAGUCCCUAAAGUAAAAGUUACAUCUUAAUUUGACCAUGUACCCUAAAAAUAUAAAUCAAAGCUUAUAAAACUUCCAAUUAAAUAAACAUAAGAAUAAUAAGUUUCUGUUUAAGGUUAAGUAGAAUUUAAAGUGAUAUAACUUGUUGAAGGUGUUGUGCAUGUAAUGAAUUAAGCUUAAUUUGUAGUCGAUGGUAAAGUAAAACCACCUGAAUAAUCGUAUCCAUAAUUAGAGGAAGUUGAGAGGGUAAAUUUCUAAUUACUAUUUAAGAAACUGUUAUAAGCUUUCCAUUAAGUAUUGGAAACAUCAAUUAAGCCAAGAAGAACAAAAAAUAUAAACAAAGCCAUUUAUAAAAAUAAGAGGCUUUAAUAAAUUUUAAUAUUAAUAAUAAAAAAGUGACAUAUUCAAAUUCUUUUUAUAGUUGUAAAAUAAAUAAAUGUCCUUGAUUACUUUUAGAGUUUGUAUUUAACAUUUCUUCUUCAUUUUCUUGUUAUUUUUGCAGAAUAGAUUUUAAUUAGCUUAAUCAUAAUAUUCAUUAUUAUUACAAAAUCCUUAAAUUAAUUGA